AUGUCCACGGCUACUACGUCUGCUCCGGUCAAGAGAGCUUGCGAUAGCUGCCAUCGACGCAAAGUAAAAUGCAUUGGCGAAGGAACAAACCCGUGCAAGAAUUGUGUUUCUGCCGGUCUUGCUUGCACAUACAAUGCCAUUCCGCAAAAGAAGGGCCCGAAGGGAAGCCGUGCCAAGGUUCUGUCUGAGCUGCGGGAGACACAACGGAAUGCUCAACUGGCAGCGGGCCUCUCCCAUGAGCUAGGUUUUGAUGGGCGCGCACUUCCGACGACGUUCGCGCGCACUCCAGGACUGCUUCCGCCAGGUCUCGUGGAGAGCUGCCUCGAUUUCUACUUUGCCAAUGUGUAUCCUUCGCAGCCAAUCCUUCACCAGCAACGCGCCCAGGAAAUUCUGCUCAGUAUUGAACAUUCCUCCGAGGCGUACUGCAUGAUUGUUGCGCUGUGCGCCUAUGUCAUGAUACAGGCCAACAUGACAGUCUCGCCCAGCUUGCUUCCCCGUCCGGAAAUGGCACAACUUUCCAAUGUCAGCAUCGGCCAUGUCCUGUUAGAAGAGGCGGUACGAGUCCGGAAAGGUUUUGAAUAUCUGGAAAAUCCGACGCAUUUGUCCCUGUUAACGUCCUGGUUAUUUUACGGAUCCUAUUUUGGACUGGGAAAGGACAAUACGGCUUGGUCGUAUCUCAGAGAAGCCACGACUCAAGCGCAUCUACUUGGUCUUCACGAAGAAGAAACCCAUAAGAACGACCCACUUGAUAUAUCUCGCAAGCGCGUGUUGUACUGGCUUCUCUUAAUCGCGGAAAGAACACAUGCGCUUCACAAGCAUCGUCCCAUCUCUCUAUAUCCGACUGUACACUCACCAUCCUUGGAGGAUUCUCCUUCUGAUAGACCGAUCGCAUCUGGACUUGAUUGCAUGAUAAGUCUUUAUAAGCCAGUAGACGACACAUUCAUAAGUCUGUGGAAUAAGGUACAGACGCACGGCAAUCCUUCGUGGAUCGCACAGCUCCAAAACCAAUUGACGGAGGCUCUUCCAGCUUAUUUAGACUGCACUGAAAGUCAAGCUGCGGAUUUACGAAUCACCCAGCAAUGGCUACGAACCAUGCUCUGGCAACUGUGCGUGAGCCAAGGCCUUGUCAGCAGUGUGGCAGCGGACAACACGCGCACCUUCAAGUAUCCUAUCGAAGUCUCGCGCGAUCUUCUUUCCAUGACACAUCAGUUUUCCCAGCAUGCGAUGGAAGUGCAUGGCGUGGGUUUGAUCGAAAAAUUAUUCGACAUAGCCUGCUGCUUAGUUGACGUUGUCGCUUGCAUACCAUUCUCACCAGAUACAUUUGCUUUAGGCCCGCGCGACUACGUUUCUCGUUUCCUCACGUUGUUCUCCGCGCUCCGUGGCGGCCAAACACGCUACCUUCCCCUCCUCCUCGCGAAAGUCUCCGAAGUCCUACCUAACCUCCCUCUCCCUCGAUCGCUCAACAUCCCUCAAAGCAUGUCCGCCUCCGCUAUGGAUUCCACCUCAGGUUCUAUCGGCUCUGUUGCAUCCAGUGUGAACGAUGAUCUAUCAGGAUUGCCACCAAUAGCAUCGCCCUCAUACCCUUCGACCGAAUUGAUACGUCAGCUUGCUGCCCAAACUGGUGCCCAGCUGCCAUUCAACACAUCCCAGCAAUCACUGCUCCAAGCGCCCUCUUCUAGAGUUGAAGAUCUUUCCUUAUAUGACACCUCAGCACCUCACAGCGCGCAUUCGUCGGGGUCGGCACCUCCUAGCCAAUCAGGAACACCCGGUCCGUAUGAGCCCACGAUGCAUUCUCGUCCGCCCAUACCAAGCCAGGCGCAUGGCCAUCCACCACCCCAGCUACAACAAAGUCAUUCACAACACUCGCAACUACAGAGCCACCAGCUUGGAAUUAAUUCUUCUCCAUAUGAUCCUAGGUUUAGCGUACCAGGCUUCGAUACAGGAAUGGGUUAUAAACAGGACGCUAUCGAUGGUGCGGGUCACAUCACAGGUCGGGGUGCUCUGGAUAAUCAAGGAGCGUAUAGUGAAAACCUACCACACGGACGAGGUCAUGGUGGAUAUGCAGGUUGA